GACGGGCCGCUCGUGCCCGUGGAGGGCUUCGCCGUCUUCUUCUCCCAGGCGUUUGUCGCCACCAGCCUGGGGGACCAGGCCUUCGAGGCGUGCUUGCGGCUCUGCCUGCUCGAGGGCGCCCUGGAGCCCGACGCCGUCCUCGCCGCCGCGGACGCGGGCGAGGUCCGGGCGCGCUCCAUCUUCCUGCGCCAGGGCACCGACGAGGACCGCCGGCUCCCCUCCCACCAGUACAGCGUGCUCCGGCGCGGGCCGUGGCUCCUCUUCGUGCUGUGGCAGAUGGGCCCGCGCUCCCGCGCGGCGGAG